UGUUAUUGCCCACCACAACCACACCACACUCCCAUCCAACCUCGCAUCCACCGCCACAAAAGUGGAUGGCAGCCAUUGUCGCACCCACCCGCCUGUUCGCAUCCAGAUUCGCAAGACAAACUCCGGUUCUCGCGCGGUCAAUUCAGCGUCCUCCCACCACUUCAACCCUCAUCCACCCCAUCCGCACCUUUACAUCCACAAAACUAACAACCAUGGGACUCACCGACUGGGCUGCCAAGGACGGCGAGUUCAAGCGCCAGGUCUCGUCGUUCCGCGAGCACAUCACCGAGGGCGGCCAGCACCCCCCUGAGAAGGGACGCUACCACCUCUACGUCUCGUACGCUUGCCCGUGGGCACACCGCACCCUCAUCCUCCGUGCGCUCAAGGGCCUCGAGGACUACAUUGACGUGUCCGUCGUCCACCCCCACCUCCUCGAGGGCGGCUGGCACUUUGUCCCCUACGAGCUCAAGGACGCGCCGCCCGCCCCCAUGUCGGAGCACAACAACCAGACGUUCCCCGGCGCCACGAUCGACCACCUCCACCACAAGGACCACCUCCAGGAGCUGUACUCGCUUGCCGAGCCCGACUACUCUGCGCGCUGGACUGUGCCUGUGCUCUGGGACAAGAAGCUCAACACGAUCGUGUCCAACGAGUCGUCCGAGAUCAUCCGCGACCUCACCGUCGCGUUCAACUCGAUCCUGCCCGACGGCCCGGGCAAGGACCUCGACACGUUCCCCGAGGAGCUGCGCAAGGAGAUUGAGGAGUUUGAGGAGUGGUCGUACAACGACAUCAACAACGGCGUGUACAAGUGCGGCUUUGCCACGACCCAGGCCGCGUACAACAAGGCUGCCGAGGCGCUCGCCAAGGCCCUGGACCGUGUCGAGGGCAUCCUCUCCGACGGCCGCGAGUACCUCAUCGGUGGCCGCCUGACCGAGGCCGACGUGCGUCUUUUCACCACCAUCGUUCGCUACGACCCCGUGUACUACGUCCACUUCAAGACCAACUGGGGUUCGAUCCGUCACGACUACCCCAACAUCAACCGUUGGCUCAAGAACCUCUACUGGAACAACCCUGCUUUCAAGGAGACGACCAACUUUGAGCACAUCAAGGAGCACUACUACUACUCCCACACUCAGAUCAACCCCCACCGCAUUGUCCCCUACGGUCCCAACGUCGACAUCGAGCCGCUCGACGACUCGAAGCGCAAGGCUGACGCUGCGGACGGCGCGCGCAAGGCUGCCAAGGUCUAAGUCGAUGCGACGGGUUAUUAGGAAAUCAAGUUAGUAUCUAGUAUCAUCUGCAGUGCACGGUG